AUGUCGGCCUUUAUCAAUCCGUGGUUCAUCAGCAUCUGGGUUGAGAACUCUGGUAAUCCACUGCUCCUUAUUGGCGGAGAAUGCUGCUGGGCUUGGACCUUUUCGGCACAAGCGAUCGUUUGCACCUUCGGCCUGAUCCCGGUGUAUGUACUGCUGCACCGAUACGGCGGUCGGAUGCGAAAGCCGCUCUAUCUGGUGGCUGUGUCGAGUUGA